CGUGAAGUACUAUCAUCGAGCAUUAGACGUGAGGGAUCAUGUUAAUUAUGGAGAGAGUAUCAUUUCUUCGAACGGGAGGAUCACUAAUAGCCCUGAAGAUAGAAGGAAUUAAUGCACCGAUUCUGUAGGAGAUAAUUUACUUACCGAACAAGCUCACGACCUUAAUUUCGUCAAGAUGAAAAAUAUCACUGGUAAGAUAUUGCAUAUCAUCUCGGGAUCUCUGUAUGCACGAGCCGGGAGCUCUAUAUAUAGCUGGCCAAGCUACGCUAAUCAAUCUUAAUCACAUCAAAGCUUCUCCUGAGCUACCUCGUUCUUAGCUUCAGCCAUGGCGUCCAAGGCCUGCAUCCUGAUCCUGCUCCUCGUUGCAGCUCUUCUCCAUACAGGUCAUGCUAGUGGCGACGCCGGGCCGUGCCAACUGGAGGACAUCCGCGUCUCGUCGGUGUUGACAGGGCGGCGGGUCCUGAAUGUGCCGGAGUACAGCGUGACGGUGGAGAACACGUGCUCGUGCGCGCAGGCGGGCGUGGUGAUGUACUGCAACCUCGGCGAGGUGAAAGCGGUGAUCUCGGACACGACCAAGCUCCGCCUGCUGAGCCGGAAGCAAGGGCACUGCCUCAUCAACAGCGGCUGGCCGAUCUUCAACGGCAAGCCCAUAACGUUCACCUACGCCGCCAAGACGCAGCUCGACUUCACCCUCGAUAACGCCUCGCCGGAGUGCCUGGUGUGAUCGUAGCUUUUUUUUACGCAAACACAAGCAACUUUAUUACUUGGAAGUAAGAAUGUUUAAAGGUACAGAAAUAGGGUCGUAGGAAUGACCAGGCCAAAUAUGGCGUCCUGUACCUAAAGACGACGUGUCCUUUGCAAGGCUAUGCGCCUUGAAAUUAAAGUUUGUACGCUCAUGAAUAAAAAGGUAACUGUCAAAAGAUGAUUUA